GAAGCACAUGACUUCCGAGAUAAACAAGAGAUUGGUCGUCGUUCAGCUGAAACGAUAACACUAUCUGAUCAGCUGAUGUGACACCCACAGUAAAGGGAGUUGAUCAUCUCAGUUUGCAGCCAUGAAAUACAAGAAACUUGAGGACGAGCAUGAUGACCACGAGAGGAAGCCAGCUACUGGGUUCACUCUCCGUGACCGUGCUGAGAUUUGUGUGGUGCUCCUGAUAGUCGCUGGGGGAUUUAUCCUCACCAUGCAUUUCACUUCACCCCCAUUCUGCCACUCACACCUCACCAACUCCACCUGGUGGACAAACACUGGUUUUGGCUGGACCAAACCGCAUACCUCUGCUUUUGACCAGUUUACUCAGGAUGACUUGGACACAAGCUUUGAUGAUGUCCGUGAGAAUGAAGGUAAAGGCGAUUCAUUAGAAUCUAACCCAUACCAUGUUCAGUCUCUUGUUGCGAAGAUUCAAAAUGAAAGAAAUAUUCUGUUCGUGGAAGAAAAAAAUCCUGACUUUAAGGUCACUGGGGAGCAUGUUGGAGUUGACAAUAUUGUUGCUGAUAUACAGGGAGACGUGGAAACAAUUCUUCACAGUAAAUUUAUGAAAACUAUAGAAGAGGAUGCCUCUACAUCCACAAAACAGUGUGACAUUCUCCCUGAAAAUCAGAGAUUUGACUGCCAUCCUGAACAGUCUACCUCAGCAGCUUCCUGUGCUGCUCGGGGAUGUUGCUGGGGGAGGGCUGAUGGUAGUCAUGGAAACAGUUCUUCAUCAGGUGUCACGAUGAGUGUUCCUGACUGUUAUUAUCCACGGAACUAUGAUGGGUACAACGUCAUCGACCAAAACAUGGAAUCACCAUCACAGAUGAAGGUAACGCUGAAGAGAACCACUCCCACAUACUACCCGAGGGAUGUGGCGGAACUGAAGAUGGAAAUCAGCUAUGAAACACAAUAUAGACUGCGUAUCAAGAUUAGUGAUCCUGCAGAGGCUAGAUGGGAGGUACCGAUGCCGAGACCGAAGUCGGUGCCCAGAGAGAACAUAGACAAUAACAUGUACAGCGUCCAGGUUCCAGGAGAGAACCAGCCGUUCCACCUGACCGUCACUAGGAAGAGUAGUAACACACCCCUGAUUAACACCACUGGAGCGUUCAUGUUCACUGACCAGUUCCUCCAGCUGUCCUACUUCUUGCCAUCCACGUUCAUCUACGGGCUCGGUGAACACCGCGACACCCUGAUGCACAGUGUCAACUGGACCAACUUUGUCUUCUGGAACAAAGACCAGCCUCCAGAUGAGGACACCAACCUGUAUGGGUCCCACCCCUUCUACCUGAUGAUGGAGAAUGAUACCAACAGCCAUGGAGUCCUACUGCUCAACAGCAAUGCUAUGGAGGCGGUCCUACAGCCCAGCCCAGCCAUCACAUGGAGAACAAUAGGCGGAGUUCUGGACUUCUACAUCUUCCUUGGUCCAUCACCUGCAGACGUUGUCAGUCAGUACACAGAGAUGAUUGGUCGGUCAUUCAUGCCUCCGUACUGGAGUAUGGGAUACCAUCAGUGUCGGUGGGGCUACACCACGGCACAGAAAACCCAGGACAUUGCCAAUAAACUCACCAAGGCUGGCAUGCCGCAGGAUAUUCAGUGGAACGACGCUGACUACAUGGACGGCAUGAAAGACUUCACAACAUCACCCAAGUUCGGAGACCAGAAGGGUUUGGUAGACACACUGCACUCCCAGGGCAAACACUACAUGAUGAUUGUGGACCCUGGUAUAAGCAGCACCCAGAAGCCAGGCAGUUACCAUCCCUAUGACCUGGGACUCUCCAUGAACAUCUUCAUCAACAACACCGACGAUAAACCACUUGUAGGAAGAGUGUGGCCUGGUCCGACAGUGUUUCCCGACUUCACCAACCCACAGGCUGUAGAGUACUGGACCACUCUGGUGAAAACAUUCCAGGAUUCAGUGAAGUUCGAUGGCAUGUGGAUUGACAUGAAUGAGAUCAGCAACUUUGUAGACGGAUCUACAACAGGCUGUUCAUCGACAGACAGAUAUGAAAACCCUCCUUACCUGCCAGGAGUUAAAGGUGGUUCGCUGAAGUCUACUACCAUCUGUGCUUCGGGGAAGCAGUAUCUGUCCCGCACCUACAAUGUCCACAACCUAUAUGGACUGGGGGAAAGUUAUGCUACGAACAUAGCUCUCCGGGCAGCCAGGCCUGGAAAGAGGCCGUUUAUAAUAUCCCGGUCUACCUUUCCCGGUCAGGGUCAUUAUGGGGGUCACUGGACCGGGGACAAUGAUGCCCAGUACUAUGACAUGUACAAGUCUAUCUCAGAUAUCCUAAGUUUUAACAUGUUUGGGAUACCCAUGGUGGGUUCAGACAUUUGUGGGUUCAGACAUGCUACAAAUGAGGCACUGUGUCAAUACAGCCGCCGGCAUGCGCCAGCGUGGACCGGUGGCAUGGAUAUGGAAAAGGAAACACCCGCCCAGGCAUGCGACCACAUCGCCAAGGCAUACAGCUGCCAGGCAUGGAGCCGCGACCAGCGAGUCCCUGCUGAACUCCACUGGAGUGCAGUAUACCUUAUACGCUACUCCCUCCUGCCUUAUCUCUACACACUGUUCUUCAAGAGCCCACAUUAUGGGAGAAACAGUAGCCAGGCCAGUUCCUUCAUGGAGUUCCCUGAGGAUAAGUCUUCGUACUCUGUUGACAAGCAGUUCAUGUGGGGACCAGCUCUCAUGAUCUCCCCAGCUCUGGAACAGAAUGUGACCAGUGUGCUUGCAUACUUCCCUCGCUCCACAUGGUUCUACUUCUCUAAUGGGAGGCGGAUGACUGACACUGGCGGCACCUUCAACCUCCCCGCACCCAUGAACUUCAUCAACCUCAACUUCAGGGGUGGCUACAUCAUCCCAAUGCAGGAGCCAGCUCUCACAACAACACAGAGUCGAAAGAAUAACUUCUGGUUGGUAGUAGCAAUGCCCCGCAACCAGUUUGCCAAGGGUGAGCUGUACUGGGACGAUGGAGACUCUGUCCAGGUUCGAUUUGCCAGAACUUGGACCGUCGGUACCUCAUGGGGAGGCUUGUUCUCUACAAUCCCCCAGUGGUUGACGACAUUGUGCUUACGCAUCCGUAAGCCCUGGGGGAGUCGCUCGGGUAAUUCUAUGGCUUCAGCCAAGCAAGGUCGCCGGCUUCCGCCGUUCACGACUAACGCUACAGCGUUUAAAUCCGCCUAUCGAUCCUUUGAAGAGCAAUACCGCAAUGCGGUUCAAUGCCUCAAAGUGACGAUCCAUUCCGCCUACAUCUCGGUGUUGCAGAGGCAACUACUGGAUGUGGGUGGGGUGGAGGAAGAUUCGUCUCCCUCCACCUUGGCUAAGCAAUUAACGGAGGUACAGUCACAUCUGGCGCGCGAUUCUAUCAGGUCGUCGGCUUGCCAAAUGAUGUCGGCGGUGAUGGGCCUCCGCCGCCUGUGGCUUUCCUCGCGGGCGGUAUUAUUCGCCUGCCACGCAACAGGCUCUGCUGGCGCUGCCAUUCGGGAUGGGUUCUACCCUGUUCCCCGGGCAGCUACAGUAGUCCGGAGGAGGCUGGAGGCUGUCUCAACCUUCAAGGACUCUAAGCCCCUGCUGGAACAGCUCUCACACGCCUCGGGCCAAGGCCCCGGUUGUGUCUCCUCCAAGAUAUCCUUCUGCCGGGCGAAGGAAUCUGUUAAAUGGGCUCAGCCCUUGCAGUCAGCGGAGGGUUCCCCAGGGCCUCAGCUCGACUUGGCUCCAGUUGUUAGGCAACAUGGCGCAACGGUGGACAUCGCUUUGGCGAAGCGCUGGGUUGAGGAUGCACCCAUUCAGCAGGCUCUAGCUCGAAUGUGGGUCCACACCCAGGGUUACGAAGCUGAUUCUCCACACUCCAGGGUGGCUAAUUCCUCAUUUACGGUGGUGGACACUGGCAGGGAAUUUAUCCAAGGGGCUCCCUUUGGACAUCCCAUCGCCAGAUCUCUCAAUUCAGACGGACGCCUUCACAGGAACACACUGAGGUCUAACAUUGUGACAGCUGGGUACACAGCCGAGCCCAUGAUCCUGGGUAAUGUCACUGUGCUGGGUGUAACGUCAUCCCCCAAAACUGUCACAGUCAACGGAAUACGUACUCAGUUUACAUAUUCCAGUUUCCAAGAGGUGAUAUACGUGACAGAGUUCCGUGCCAAGAUGCUACGUCCUUUCACAAUGACCUGGACCUUCUAA